GUGCCUCGCCUUCUCGAUUUCCUUUUUCUAUCGCGUUCACUCCUCCGCGUUCGUGGCUCAGCAGCUCGUGGCCGGGAAACUAUAUAAUAAUCCGCCUCGUGGCUCUCCUCUGAUCCCCGCCUCAUCGGACUCGCCGCCCGCCGCUCCAGCCUCUCCGCCUUCCUCGAGCACACGCCGCCGGUCGCCUCGCCUCGCCUCGCCUCAGGUCAAUCCCCGACCGCCGCCUCACCACUAACCGGUCGGCACGCAGCUUAAUUAGCUUCGAGGGAGCGCGGCGGGCGGAGAUGUGGCCGCCGUUCCUGUACGCGGCGUCGCCGCUCGUGGCGGCCCUGACGGGGGCGUGCGCCGCCGCGGUGGGCUUCCUGGCCCUCUCCGAGUUCCGCGGCGGGAACCUGGCCUACUCCAAGUUCGUCCGCGCCAGGGCCGCCGGCGCGCGACUCCUGCUGCCGAGCCGCGCCGGGAUGCUCGUGAUCUACGCCCCGGCGCUCGCCGCCGCGCUCGCGUCCUUCGCCGUGCCGGGCGCCGUCCAAGGCGCGCGCGCGGGGCCCCUCUGCGCCGCCGUCGCCGCCCACUUCCUCAAACGGGUGCUCGAGGUGCUCCUCGUGCACCGGUACAGCGGGAGCAUGCCGCUCGGCACGGCCCUGCUCAUCUCCUCCUGCUACCUGUUCAACGCCGUGGCCAUGAUCUACGUGCAGCGCCUCAGCCGCGGCCUCCCGGAGCCCGCCGUCGACCUGCUCUACCCCGGCGUGCUCGCCUUCGCCGUCGGCGCCGCCGGCAACUUCUACCACCACCUCCUCCUCUCGAGGCUGCGAGCCGGCGCCGGCGCCGGCGGCGACAAGGGGUACAAGAUCCCGCGGGGCGGCCUGUUCGAGCUCGUCGCCUGCCCGCACUACCUCUUCGAGAUCGUCGCGUUCUUCGGGUUCGCCAUGAUCGCGCAGACGGUGUACGCGCUCGUCGUGGCCGUCGGCUCAGCGGCGUACCUCGCCGGCCGGAGCUCCGCCACCAGGAAGUGGUACGCGUCCAAGUUCGAGGAGUUCCCGGCGAGGGUCAAAGCUCUUGUGCCGUAUGUCUGGUAGUGAGACUGGGAGAGUGUGCGUGCUCUGUAUGUAUUCGAUUACAGGAGAUUGGUCAAGGUGAUUUGGAUGUGUUGAUUUGGAUUGAAUAAUGUGAGUCUGUCUGUCAGGAAAAAUGAAAUUUGGAGAAAAUGUGAAAUUUCGGGGUUGGGCCGACGCUUCUCCCCGGCCCGGUUCAUGUUC